CCAUGUACAAACAUUGAUCUUAAUUAGGCACUAGACCUUGAAAUGGCGCAUUAUAAACCUGCGCGGCGAUUUUCCGACCAGCGAAAGUCGUCGGUUCACAAGAACUUUGUUUUCACCGUAGAUGGGGCUCCAGCUACUGGGUGGGAAACGGACAUCAAUCCGCAGAGAAGACGAACGACAGAUGAUCAAGACGGGUUUAUCAAACGGAAAAUUCAUAAUGUUCGCGCCAAAUCAUUUGGAGACUCCCCGAUUGUCCGUCAGAAAGCCACUAAUCGGUCACGACUGUUACUGAAAUCCGGAAUGUACAACAUUGUUGGCAAAAACAUACCCCGCCUUAGGGAGCGGUACUUUUCGGAUUUUUGGAAUACCAUGAUUGAUCUUAAAUGGAAAUACGUUUUGCUUUUUUUCCUUAUCUCUUUGGUCUCCUCCUGGCUGCUUUUCGGGUUGAUAUUUUACUUAAUUGCCCUUGUUCAUGGAGACAUGGAGGAAAUCCACGAAGACAGCAAAUUUGUGCCGUGUCUGGUCAACAUCCACAACUUUGCUUCGGCAUUUCUGUACUCGAUCGAGACGAUGCAUACAAUCGGAUACGGAGCACGAUAUCCCACUGACUCUUGCACUGUCUCCAUUAUCGCCAUGUGUGUGUCAGCGUUGAUAGGAUGCGCUUUGGAAGCGUUCAUUGUCGGUGUCGUUUUUGCCAAAUUUCAGAUGCCGGCCCAAAGGGCGCAGACGCUUUUGUUCAGCAAAAACGCGGUCAUUUGUACGCGGGACGGACAAUUAUGCUUGCUAUUCAGGAUUGGAAAUAUGCGGCGGAGUUUGAUUAUCCAACUGGUGGUGAAAGCCCAUCUGGUGCACCACCGCAUGACCCAGGAAUCCGAAUUAAUGCCUUUUCAUCAGCAUGAACUGAAAAUUCAAUUGGAUUCCAUGAGUGGAAAUGCUUUUUCUUCCUGGCCAGUCACUGCUUGUCAUCUGAUCGAUGCUGAAAGUCCGAUAUACGAAUUAUCACGGACAUCACUGGAACGAGCCAAAUUUGAAAUAAUUGUUGCUCUGGAAGGCAUUGUGGAAAACACCGGAGCCGUAGUUCAAGCGCGAACUUCGUACACCCCCGAAGAAAUCGUGUGGGGACAUGGGUUUACGAGAUUGCUGACCUUUCGUAAAGAGCAAGGUGAAUACGUGGUGGAUUUUAACCAUUUCCAAACUUUAGAGCCAGUAAGGGGAAUGACUGGGCGCUCUGCUCGGGAACUGGACGAACAAAAGUAUUUUAGCGCUCCGGAAAGUCCAGCCUUUGAUCACAAGAACGGCCCGUUCGAGCCGGCUAGCCCCACUUUACUUAGAGUAUUAACUGCGGCGGCUGGUUUGGAAAAAAUGGAUUUUCAUUGUGGAUACGAUGGUUCCCCGAUUCGCCAACACCAAUCAGUGCGGCGUGGUUCCCGAUCUGUCCUCGGCCGAGAUGCACCACACCCCAAGGAAGUUAUCCGACCUCCAAGUCCCAGUUUAGCGGCUGCUAUAUCAACGCAUGUUUUACCCUCUCUUAUACAGAGAACGCGAGAUCAGUGUGAAAGUGAUGCGAGACACUUCCCUCAUGUAUCGCCAGAGAACCACCCGCAUCUGACUCCUGUGUCACAACAUAGUAUGGAGCCGAUGUCACGUACAUCCAGUAUGAGUUCUCUUAAACGACAUCCUGUGGUCAAUUUCUUUGUCGAUGCCAUUGAAGAAGAUGAAAAAGAGAUUACCAAAUUCUGAGACCGGGCAGGAACGCAACUGGCAGCAAUUGCCGGUGGAAACACUGAUAGACACCUUUACACGUUAGCACCUUCCGGUGGCCACUGGAAUCUUGUGUGAUCGUUGCAGCUGCAGGUUAAUAAAAUCUUUGCGUACAUAAACUGUACAACUUUCAAUACCUUUUUAUUUGAUUUUGAGCGGCUAAAAGACUGUUGUUCUUAUGUAAAAGACCAUCUGUUCUUAUGCUGUUUUUUGCUUUGUUGAAAAUCUCAAAAUUUCGUAUUUACUAACUUUUUGGUUUUGCGUAUCUUUCAUCGACGGCUUUUUUCAUUUCCGGUGAUUACUGUUUCACAACAUGCGGUAUCCAGCGUGUUGCUGAAUACCAGUGAAUUGAUUGCUUUGCGUAUACAAGAA